GUACAUCAUCUAAAGAUAAUCAAGAACAGCAGGGAAAGUCUCAGUUGUCACUCUGGAGAAGGAAACAACGUGACACAUAGAGCUUUGUGGACACCAAUGAACCACGUAGAAGUUUUUAUCCACAGGUGAACCUGGGUGUCUGCUCUGCCGCAAUUACUGCAAAAGUGCCACAGAAAGUAACUAAUAUUUUCAUUUCAUAUUUAUUCAGCUAAAGCUGGCUAAAUAAUAGAGAGGUGGUUUGGCUCGAUGCGCUGAAAGGUAAAAGUGGGACACCACUGUCCCCUGCAGACUGAAACUCGACGGCUGCCGCCGACACGCUGGGACAGGUUUCCGGACACUCCCGAGCACUCACGAAGACAACCUCUCCUCUUGUUCCUUUCCUCCGUCCCUCCUCUCCUCCUCCUCCUCCUCGUCCUCCUCCUCUUCACGCCUAAUGUUGCUGUACCUCUAACCCUCCCCCCGUAUCAGAGGAGUAGAAACAACAAGCCGCCAUUUUGUUUGGCGGACAGACCGUCAGAAACAGGAGAUCACCGAUAGAAAAAGGAGCGACCCCGGCCGCCGACGGCAGCCGCUCCGGGAACCGCAAGGGGGGAAGAGACUCAGUAACCAAAUCCUGUCCGAGCCGUCCGGUGGAAGGGGAAGCGGCAAGGAAGGAGGCUAGACUUCAGUGGAGGGAAAGCCGCCUAGGUGUCAUGUAGCUAUAUAUAUUUAUAUAUAUAAAUAUAUUGAUGCAUGCAUGAGAAGGAAAUACUCCGAAAAUCUCAAGGAAAGGGGUGUUUUGCUGUGCGGCGACGGGGAGGAGAGGCGGAAGAGGGCUGCACAUAACGAGGAACAAACCUGCGAUAAGAGGAAAAUACCACCAUGAAAAAUCAUUAUGUGUCCGCGGCGGAGGAAGGAACGAGUCCGCAUAGACAAUUAUAUAAAUAAAUUGCUGCCGGGCAGAAGGGAGAGGUGGAAAGAAAGACUGGUUUAAAGAGAAGAGAAGGGGGUGAAAUUGCCAGGACCAACACGAAGGGGGGGCUUUCACCAUCACAAAGAGUCAAUGAGAGGAUUUUUUAGGAGGAUUUCUUCCAAUUAUUGUGCCGAUCUGAAGCAUUCCGCUUCCGAAAUAGCCAUAUUAUUAUUAUUAUUUUGUUUUUCCUCAUAAGUCACAUUUCGCCUCAGCUUCGCUACUGCUUCUUCUUUUUCUCUUUCUCCCCCUCACCCCCGUCCAUGCAUUGGAAAAAAAAAUUCUUUUUAAAAGCACUGAAAAAAGUGGCAAUAUCGAUAGCGUUUUCCUUCAUCUGAGAUCGCUGUCGUGUUUGAAACAAGCAGAAACUAGAGGAGGAACAUCUGCAGGGAGCACAAGAUAAGUAACCCGUUUGAUCCAAGUCUGCAAAAAAAGAGAGAGAGCGAGAGCGAGAAAAUCAAACUUAAUUAGAUCAAUCCAACUGCCCUGCUGAUUGGCAAUUAGCGCUGUUUAUUGCAUUCGAGAAGUAGAUCCAAAAAUUGAAAGUGGCAGAAAUCCGUAUUUUUAAAGGUCUGUUUUGCAACAGAUAACUGACGAAUGGGGUUGCAUCAACCAAAUUUGCAAUCUCAGUCUGUUCUUCAGUGCCUUUUGUAUUGUUCAACACUAAGUGCACGUACGAGUCAGCAUGCACAUGCAAAAAAGAAGAGAAAAAAGUCACGCAUGGGAAUAUAGGUUUACAUGCUUUUUGGACUUUUCAUUUUUAUUUUUGAUCUGAGUGGAUGGAUCUGUCUUCAAACCGUAUUAAAUCGCUGAUGAGCCAACUGAGCAUCGCCAACACUUGCAUUCAAACUACUGCUUGUUGCCUUUUUGCCGUGGAAAAUUAAGAGGACUCGGUGAUGCAGACAGCAAUAAGGGGGGAGGUAAAGUAAAAUCCCUACAGGUUCUCUAAGGUGUUGCAUGAAACAGCGGCGAUCUGAAGUUUUUUUUUUUUUUUCCUCUCUCUCUUUGGAAACUUGUGAUUUUUGUGCCAUCACGCAUCAUCUCCCCCGGCAGCCUUUUUAGGAUCUAAAAAAAAGAGAGAACGUUUUUGAUCAGUAUGGAAGACCAAGCUGAAUGGAGCUCGGAGGACGGAUCUUGGGACAGAUUUUAUGUCAUGAGGUUGUCAGUUGUCCGUCGACUCCACCUUCCCAACGCCUCUUGUUGAAAGUCUGCGAAGAAACAAAAAUCUCCGACAGGGGAGGGGGACUGAUAUCUACCAGAGAGGUACUACAAACUCAGGAGGACUGAGAAAGAGUUGAACAUCGUCGUCCUCUUCCCCUACCGUCCCCCCAAGCGGUGGGGGAACGAUUUGAAACAUUUCUUAACGGGAGUAAGAAGGCGGAAAUAAAGGGAAUAUAUAAGCCCUGAGUGGAUAUACAGCCUCUUUUUUUUUUUUUUUUUAAUUCGUCAAAAAAUAUGGCCGAUAAUGUCCUGGAGUCCGGCCCGCCUUCAGCCAAGAGGCCCAAGCUGGCUUCUCCAGCUCUGUCUGUGUCCACCAGUGAUGGAAAUGAUUUUGGUUCAUUCUUUGACCUGGAGCAUGACCUGCCGGACGAGCUCAUCAGUUCCUCGGACCCGGGGCUGACGAACGGAGGAGACUCCAGCCAGUUCCACAGCAGCCUCGGGGGGCUCGGCGGAGGGGUUCAGGAUGCGGCCUCCAAACACAAACAGCUUUCUGAACUCCUGCGCGCCGGGGCACCGACGCAGCCGGGGGCCCCCACUUCCAACAGCGCCCCCUCCGCUGCUUCCAUGGCGAUGAUGGGGGGAGUCGGUGGACCUCAAGGUAUGCACCAUCAGGGCCAACAGCAGCAGCCGCAACCCGGACUGAUGCAGCAGGUUGGCAUGGUGCCGAACAGGGCGACGGCCAUGAUGGGUGUCCAAAAGGGCACCGCUGGACAGCAACAGCACCAACACCAAGGCCUUAUAGGGGGGCAGGUUGUGAAUGGCUCGCCCAGGAUGAGUUACCCUGGCAACACAGGGAUGGGUAGCAAUAGUAACAUUUUGGCAGAGACCUUACAGCAGCAGGGCGGUCCAACCCUGGGAGCUGGGGGUCAAGCGGGGAUGAGACCACAUCAGCCUGGUGCACUGAAACAGAUGAAUUUGAUGGCCAACGCGGGAAGCUACGGUGGCCCAUACAGCCAUUCUGCUGGCCAGGGGCUGCCUGGAGAGGGGCUGGGCCCACAACUCCAGAGUAAAGCAGGCCUACCCAGUGGUAUGGCCGCCCAGUUCAACAUGGACAAGAAGACGCCUCCUGGUCCAGGCAUCCCGGGGGUGACUGCUCAGCAGCAGCAGCAGCAGCCUGGUGCAGUUGGCGGCGUGUCGGCAUCGGUCGGUGGGCCCCAGGUUGGACUGAACACCGUCGGGGUGGGACCGGGCGCCACGCCCCCCACCGCCGACCCCGAGAAGCGGAAGCUCAUCCAGCAGCAGCUCGUCCUGUUGCUCCACGCGCACAAGUGCCAGCGGCGGGAGCAGGCCAACGGGGAGGUGCGGCAAUGCAACCUGCCCCACUGCCGCACCAUGAAGAACGUGCUCAACCACAUGACUCAUUGCCAGGCUGGCAAGUCCUGCCAGGUUGCACACUGUGCCUCGUCCAGACAGAUCAUCUCGCAUUGGAAGAACUGCACCAGACACGACUGUCCCGUGUGCCUGCCGCUGAAAAACGCCGGAGACAAGAGGAACCAGCAGUCUCUGCUCAACAGUGUAAGCUUAGUGAACUCUUUAGGCGGCGCGGGUCCAGGCGGGCAGUCGAGCUCUCCGAGCCUGACCCCUACCAACCAGAUAGACCCGAGCUCCAUAGAGAGAGCCUACGCUGCAUUAGGCCUGACGUACCAGGGCAACCAGAUGCCGCAGCAGCAGCAGCAGCAACAACAGCAGCAGCAACAGCCGCCACAGGCUGCCAUGCCGAACCAAGUCCUCCACGGACAGCCGGGAAUGAGGACUCUGAAUCCACUGGGUGGCAACUCCAUAGGAGUGAACGGUGCCGUCGGGGUGCAGCCUCCGAACCAGCAGUCUGCGCUGCUGCCGGACGCCAUGCUGCACAGCAUGAACGCGCAAAGUUUGAUGAACGACGGCGUCGGGAACCUGGGCUCCAUGCCCACGGCCACGCCCCCUUCCGCUGCAGGGAUGAGGAAGUCUUGGCAUGAAGACAUCACGCAGGACCUCCGCAACCACCUCGUCCACAAGCUAGUGCAGGCCAUCUUCCCCACUCCCGACCCCGCGGCUCUGAAGGACAGGCGGAUGGAGAACUUGGUGGCCUACGCCCGGAAAGUAGAGGGAGACAUGUACGAGUCGGCGAACAGCAGGGCGGAGUACUACCACCUUCUGGCGGAGAAGAUCUACAAGAUCCAGAAGGAGCUGGAGGAGAAGAGGAGGACGCGGCUUCAAAAGCAGAGCAUGAUGCCCGGCCAGCCCUGCCUUCCCACGUCUGGCCUCCCACAGGGUCCGCCUGGCAUGGGCCAGCCCCCGGGGCCCCCAGUGCCACCCGGACAGCCUCCCAAUGGUCCUCAUCCCGACCCGUCCAUGAUCAGACCUGCUGGUCCAAAUCAGAUGGUCAACAGGAUGCAGAACCCACCGGGAAUGACUCAGUUUCCUCAGAUGGGGAUGCAGAAUAUGGGUCAGAGGUCAACGCCUCCUCUUCCUCACAACCCUCAAAUGAACCAGAUGGGAAUGGGAGCAACACGUAUGGGUCAGCCUGGUGCCUCACAGCUUCAGACCCAGUACCUUCCCCCAGGCCAGUUUCCUGGCUCCAGUCCUGGACUCGGUUCUGGUCCUGUUGGGAUGAACCAGCCUGGAGCGCAGGCUACGGUGCCUUCUCAGAACCAGAUGUCGACGCCUCCAUCCAUCCCCGCCAGCAGCCCCGCGGCGCAGUCCGCCUCCUCGGUCCCGUGCUCCGGGGGAUCUUUUGGUCCCUCCAACGGCAACGGUCCGGGGCCGCUGCCCAACCUCCACCCACCCUCCACCCAGCCCUCCCCAUUCCCUCACUGCCCGCCCGUCCGCACAAACUCUCCGUCGCCGGCGCGCAGCUUGACGCCGCAGCCACAUCAGACGCCACCUUCGCUGCCCCGCUCUCAUACGCCUCAGCCACAGACCCCGAACACACCGCAAGUGGCAACCCCGCAACAACAACAACAACAACAACAUCAGCAGCAGCAGCAACAACAAACGUCGCAAAUGCUGCAUCCCGCUCCAUCAAUUCCAAUGGCAAACUCAGAAAAACCCAACCAGUUUCCACAGCAAACAAUUGGGGGUGUUGCAUCUCCAGAGCCCCCGGCAGCUCAGAUUUCCUCGGUCCCGACCCAGAACGAUCAUGUGCCACCGCUGCCGCAGACCCCACCCUCUCCUAAGACUUCCCUGACAGCUGAAGGACAAGUUUCGUCCCCGGCGUCAAUUGCAAGCAGCUCCGCCCACAAUUCCCAGCUCGCUUCCGCAGAGAGCCUCGCUCAGAGCCAGGACAACAUCAAAGCAAAGGUGGAAAAGGAAGAAGAGGAGGAGGAGGAGGAGGAGGAGGAAGAUGAUGUAGGGGGCGACACUGAGGGAAACAGCAAGGGGAAGAUGUACAAGGCUCAGUCUGAGGUGAAGAAGGAAGAGAAACCAGAGAUUGAGGACGAGAAGCCGCGAGGAGACCCGCGUAAAGCUGAGCCCAUGGACACGUCAACGUCUUCUGGGUCGGCGGCAGCAUCGAGCGAAGACAAGAGGCCGGAGGUGAAGAAGGAGCCCAAAGAAGAUGAGCAGGGAUCAGGGUCACCAGCCACCAACAGCUCCUCAGCCAGCAGUCAGAGCAAGAAGAAAAUCUUUAAGCCGGAGGAGCUGCGUCAGGCCUUGAUGCCGUCCUUGGAGGCAUUAUACCGCCAGGACCCUGAGUCCCUUCCCUUCCGCCAGCCGGUGGACCCCCCGUUACUGGGAAUACCCGUACGUAUUCGAACUAGUAACAAAACUAACCUGGACUACUUCGACAUCGUCAAGAACCCCAUGGACCUCUCGACCAUUAAGCGCAAGCUGGACACGGGGCAGUACGAGGAGCCGUGGCAGUACAUCGAGGACAUCUGGCUGAUGUUCAACAACGCCUGGCUGUACAACCGAAAGACGUCGCGGGUGUACAAGUACUGCUCCAAGCUGGCCGAGGUGUUUGAGUCGGAGAUCGACCCUGUUAUGCAGGGGCUGGGCUACUGCUGUGGGAGGAAGUACGAGUUUUCUCCCCAAACUCUUUGCUGCUACGGAAAACAAUUAUGCACCAUCCAACGCGAUGCGUCUUAUUUCAGUUACCAGAACAGUUCACCAAAAUAUGGGCUUCUUGCUGACAGGUACCACUUCUGUGAGAAGUGUUUCAACGAAAUCCAAGGCGACAGCGUUUCCCUGGGGGACGACCCCUCCCAGCCUCAGACGUCCAUCAACAAAGACCAGUUCCAGAAAAAGAAGAACGACACACUCGACCCUGAGCUACUCGUGGAAUGUACCGACUGCGGUCGUAAAAUGCACCAGAUCUGCGUUCUGCAUAAUGAAACCAUAUGGCCGUCAGGCUUCGUAUGCGACAGCUGUCUGAAAAAGGCCAAUAAGACGCGAAAGGAGAACAAAUAUGCAGCCAAAAGACUUCCUCAGACGAAGCUGGGGAACUACCUGGAGAUGCGAGUGAACGACUACCUCAAACGGCAGAGCCACCCCGAGUCCGGAGAGGUCACCGUCCGGGUAGUCCACGUCUCGGACAAGGUGGUCGAGGUCAAGCCGGGCAUGAAGUCCAGGUUCGUGGACAACGGCGAGAUGGCCGAGUCGUUCCCGUACAGGAUGAAGGCCCUGUUCGCGUUCGAGGACGUCGACGGAGCCGACGUGUGUUUCUUCGGCAUGCACGUCCAAGAGUACGGCUCCGACUGCCCGCCGCCGAACCAGAGACGGGUGUACAUCUCUUACCUGGACAGCGUGCACUUUUUUAAACCGCGACACCUGAGGACCGCCGUCUACCACGAGAUCCUGCUGGGCUACCUGGAGUACGUCAAGAGACUGGGGUAUACGACGGGACACAUUUGGGCGUGUCCUCCCAGCGAGGGAGACGACUACAUCUUCCACUGUCACCCGCCGGACCAGAAGAUCCCGAAGCCGAAACGCCUGCAGGAGUGGUACAAGAAGAUGCUGGACAAGGCUGUCGCUGAGCGAAUCAUCCACGACUACAAGGACAUUUUCAAGCAGGCAACAGAAGACCGCCUGACGAGUGCGAAGGAGCUCCCGUACUUUGAGGGCGACUUCUGGCCCAACGUGCUGGAGGAGAGCAUCAAGGAGCUGGAGCAGGAAGAGGAGGAGAGGAAGAGGGAAGAGAGCAGCACCUCCAACGAGAGCACCGACGCCACAAAAGGAGACAGCAAGAACGCCAAAAAGAAGAACAAUAAAAAGGCGAACAAGAACAAGAGCAGCCUGAGUCGAGCCAACAAGAAGAAGCCGGGGAUGCCCAGCGUUUCCAACGACCUUUCCCAGAAACUCUACGCCACCAUGGAGAAACACAAAGAGGUUUUCUUCGUCAUCCGCCUGAUCGCCGGCCCCACCGCCAACUCGCUGCCCCCCAUCACCGACCCCGAUCCCCUCAUGGCCUGCGACCUGAUGGACGGCCGCGACGCCUUCCUGACCCUGGCCCGCGACAAGCACUUGGAGUUCAGCUCCCUGAGGAGGUCCAUGUGGAGCUCCAUGUGCAUGCUGGUGGAGCUCCACAACCAGAGCCAGGACCGCUUCGUGUACACCUGCAACGAGUGCAAACACCACGUGGAGACCCGCUUCCACUGCACUGUUUGUGAGGAUUAUGACUUGUGCAUCACCUGCUACAACACUAAAGGCCACGAGCACAAGAUGGACAAACUGGGGCUCGGCCUGGACGACGACAGCAACAACCAGGCGGCGGCGGCCACUCAGAAUCCGGGUGACUCCCGCCGCCUCAGCAUCCAGCGCUGCAUCCAGUCACUGGUCCACGCGUGCCAGUGCCGCAACGCCAACUGCUCCCUCCCGUCCUGUCAGAAGAUGAAGCGCGUCGUGCAGCACACCAAGGGCUGCAAGCGCAAGACCAAUGGCGGCUGCCCCAUCUGCAAGCAGCUGAUCGCGCUGUGCUGCUACCAUGCCAAGCACUGCCAGGAGAACAAAUGCCCCGUCCCGUUCUGCCUGAACAUCAAGCAGAAGCUCCGGCAGCAGCAGCUGCAGCACCGGCUGCAGCAGGCCCAGAUGUUGAGGAGGAGGAUGGCCACCAUGCAGCGGGUGGGCCAGCCUGCGGGGACGCCACCCGGGGGACUCAUGGUGGGGCUUCCGUCGCCAGGAGCCAACAGUGCCACGGCGCCCAGUACGCCCACGUCGGUCGGCACCCAGCCAUCCACCCCCCACACCCCGACUCAGAACAUGCCCCCAACGCAGGGCAUGGGUCCUGGAAACGGGAUGCAGCAGCAGCAGCAGCAAGGACCGAUGCCGAGCCAACAUCCACUGAACCAGUUCCAGCAGAUGAGCGGUGGAGCGGCAGCAGCAGGAGGGAUGAUGAACUCUCCCCAGCAGCAGCAGCAGAUGCUUACUCAGAUGCCACAGCAAAGCGUCCCGGGGGGCAUCCCCCACCCACCGUACUCCGGCAGACCGCCAGGCUCCUCCCCCAUUCACCAGUCCCAGGGGAAACCAUUGAUGGGCUCGUCGACGCCACCUCAGCAACCCGGUGGGGCUGUGAUGCCCGGCAGUGCGGCAGGGCAGCAGCAGCCUCCUGGCCAGCCGGCCCCGACCGGCCCCCCACCAGCAGCCGUGGAGAUAGCCCUGAAGAUCCAGCAGGUGGCCGACGCCCAAAGGAGGCUGGGCCUACAGAGGCAAGCCGCAGCGGUAGCAGCGGCAACGGGCAUGAUGCCGUCUCACCCACACCACCAGCCGGGUCAACCGCAGCAGAUGGCCAUGGGGCACGGCGGUCCCGUGGGGAUGGUCGGUCCGCAGGGGAUGCAGCCGCAAAACCAAACGACUGUAAGAGCUCACAUGGAUCAGCAGCAGGGUGCGAUGCAGGGGAUGAUGGCCGCUGGCGGGCACAUGCAGCAGCAACCCCCACCGCAGGGUAACCUGCCACAACAGAGGAUGGGCGCUCCGCUGCAGAAUCCGCAGCAGCAGUGGACCGGACCGGGGAUCCCACCCCAGCAACGGCAGGCGAUGAUGAACCAGAUAAGCCAUCAAGCCAUGAUGGCAGCGCAACAACAGCAACAGCAGCAGCAGCAGCAGCAACAGCAGCAGCAGCCAUCGCAUCAACCAGCUCAGGUGCAUGCUGCCAUGAUGAACAUAGCGCAGCAGCAGCAAGGGUCAGCUGGUGGGAACAUCCCCCAAGCGGCUUUACAGGAGCUCCUCCGCACCCUGCGCUCCCCCAGCUCUCCACUGCAGCAGCAGCAGGUCCUCAAUAUCCUGCGCUCCAACCCGCAGCUCAUGGCUGCUUUCAUCAAGCAACGAGCCUCAAAAUACAAGGGCGGACCCGGCGGAGCGGAUGGCGUCCCAGGAGGGGGUCCGGGCCCCGCCGGAGGGCCGGUUGGACACGCCAUGCCUGGAGUCAACCCACAGGUGAACAUGAACGCUGCGAGCGGCCAGCCAGGGAUGCACAUGGGGGGUCAGGGAGGAGCCAACGUCAACAUGCCGUCCAUGUCUCAGCUGCAGCAGGUGCAGCAGCAACAGCUGCAGCAGGUGCAGCAGCAACAGCUGCAGCAGCAACAGCUGCAGCAGCAACAGCUGCAGCAGCAACAGAGGCCAAUGCUGAGCAGUUUGCAGCAGCAGCAGCAGCAGCAAGGGGUCGUGCGAGGUAUGCAAGGUCAGGGGUCGCAGAUGGGAAACAUCAACAAUCUCCAGGUGCGAGAGUUGCUUAUGAGGCGGCAGCAGCUGCAGCAGAUGCAACAGCAGCAGCAGAUGCAACAACAGCAGCAGCAGCAGCAGCAGAUGCAACAACAGCAGCAGCAGCAGCAGAUGCAACAACAGCAGCAGCAGAUGCAACAACAACAGCAGCAGCAGCAGAUGCAACAACAGCAGCAGCAGAUGCAACAACAGCAGCAGCAGAUGCAGCAGCAGCAGCAGCAGAUGGGGAUGAGUCACGGUCAGUUCCAGCAGCCGCAGCCCCCCCAGGGGCAGGGAUUCAUGGGCCAGGGGCCCCCCGGAGGCCCACAGGUGCAGGGAUACCCGGGGUCCGCCCAGCAGCAGGCCACGGUCGCCCUGCAGCAGAGGCUGCAGCUACAGCUACAGCAGCAGCAGCAGCAGCAGCAGCAGCAGAACAACAUGGCUGCCCUCCAAAGCGGCGACACGGGUCCAGGAGGCGGAGGCGUUGCUCAGCAACCGCCUCAAGGCCCGCAGCCUCCUCAGGGGGGGCCCACCCCUCCGUCUUCCCAGACGCUUUUCCAACAAACUCUACCGCAGAGGCUGCUGCAGCAGCAGCAGCACCUCGGCCCCGGCAGCUCACCCGCCCAACACAGCAACCCCAUGAGCCCCCAGCAGCCACCGCAGCAGAUGGCGCCGUCGCCACACCACCACCUGCAGGGCCAGGCGCUCGCCAACCAGGUGCGCUCGCCGCAGCCCUCGCCGCGGCCGCAGUCCCAGCCACCUCACUCCAGCCCGUCUCCGCGCAUGCAGCCUCAGCCGUCGCCGCAUCACAUCUCGCCACAGACGGGUUCGCCGCACCCGGGCCACCUGAACCAGCACCACCCCGGGAUGGUGGUCCCACCGCCGCAGCAGCAGCAGACAAGCCAGCAGCAGAACGCCAUGGAGCAGUUUGGCUCCGAGCAGAGCGCCAUGCUCUCCCAGCUGAGCGGCAUAGCCAGUCUGCACGGGCAGGCAGGCACCGGUGGUCCUGACCCGAUGGGCCAGAACAUGAACCACAACUCCUUAGACCACAUAUAGAGAGGCUCAGCGAAUCUCUGCUCAAACUGCACUCACCAAGGACAGUAUUAUUAUUCCUUAGCCUUUUUUUUUUUUUUUUUUACUAUUAUUAAAAAGUUAUUUAAAAUGUUUUCAAUAAAGAUGCAUUGAACUGAACUUCCUAUGGGAGAUGAACAAUAAAUGGAGCAGUUGUUAAAUGAGUUAGAAUGAAUUGUAACUUAUUGCUGUUAAUAUAUAUUUUUGCCAACUUGAGGACAAAGUGGGGUUUAGGGGGGCUAUUUCCUUGUAAACAAAAGUACUUGCCUUUUUUUUAAAUAUGCUUUUACAAUUUUAAAAGGUGGGUCAAGGAUUAAAGAAAUUAUUUUAAUGCAAGUCUUUUGUUUAGUUUUGCGUCAUUCGGUUUGUUUUUUUGUUUGUUUUUUUUGCGGAGUGAUGCGACAUAUCUGUAAAUUCAAACAAAGUUGUUGUUUUUUUUUUUUUCUGUAUUGUUUGGGUUUGUUUUAUUUAUUCAGUUUCAUCAGAGGUGGGCUGCGGACGUCCUGAGGCCGCAUCAGUUCCUGUACGCAUCUAUUUUUUUUUUUUGUCGUCGAUGUCUGUAGUCUCUUAUUUCGCUUUAGCUGUCCAGGUGGGAACGACGUCAAGCGUCCGGGUCCGAGAUGUCACGCUGGAAGAGACAUUUUUCUUUUAAUAUUUUAUUUUAUGUUCCUCACAGAAUGCAAAGCCCUCUCCCUCGAAUGUGUGCCCGCUCCUUCCUUUUAAAGACUUCAGAUGGAGCUGCGGAGGCUUGGGGAGGGGGGGAUGCAUACCUUUGUGCCUGUAACGUUUUACAUAUGUGGGCUGGGGAUGUAUACAAAUGGGAAGGGUGGCGGCUUCUUCUUCUUCUUUUUUUUUUUGUUAGGAUUCUACUGUUAAGUAAACAGAGGAUGAUGAUGAUCCAAAUGAACUGUGUUGCACAGAAACGAGGCGAAAGCCGACAGUCGGUUAGUCUCUUUCUUCCUCUUCCCCUUCGCUGCUUCCUUUGGACUUUUUAAAUCCUCCUCUGAUGGAGGACGAACUCCCUCCUUAUGAACCGUAUCCUCUUUAUCUUUCAGCUCAGAACUUUGGGAGUUAAUUUAAUAUUUUUUACUGUACAAAGGAAACAAACUGUGGACUCAAAUACUGUUUUUUUUUUUUUUUUUAUAAUAAAAUGAAAAUUAGCAAUA